AUGCCUGUAGGGUUCGGUUGACCACAAGCUGCAGUUUCAGUUUGUUUUAUUCACCAUUUUGCGUAGCUGAGGGGGGGAAAUAAGAAUAUUAGUGCUUGGUGGAUACGACGUGAAACUUGUUUUAAUUUUCACUGGCUAGCUUGGGCGGUGAAAUCGUGCGUCAGCCGCGCGUCCUCGGUGUUUCGCAGAGCGGGAAUCUGUUUGUGUUCAGCCCCUUUGUGCUUUUUUUUCUUCUCCCCGUUUUUUCUCUCAUCUUCCUCUCUACAGUGUUCCAGCACAAUGUCCAGACCCGUCAGGAAUAGGAAAGUGGUGAACUAUUCACAAUUCAAUGAGUCGGAUGAUGCAGACGAGUACGGGGAUGACAAGCCUAAGAAGGUGCGCCCAGCCCCUCGUGAGCCUAAACACAAGCGAUCAAAGAACUCGCAGGAUGAAAGUGAGGAUUCUGAUGAGAAGCUCUCCAAAUCCAAAAACGACUCGGCAGAUGACUUUGGCAGCGAUGAAGAAGACAAUGAUUUUGGAGAGGAGGAGGAUGAAGAUGGUGGAAGUGACUAUGAAGAAGAAAGAGGGAAAAAGGGAAAGAAAGCCAAGGCUGAGACACCCAGCAAGAGAGGCCCCAAGAGAAAACGGGCUGCAGAUGACAGUGAUGAUGACAGGGAUGUGAGCCGAAAGCGUACGGUGCGGCAGGCAGCCUCCAAGGCCGUGUCCAAACAGAGAGAGAUCUUGUUGGGAGAUGGAGGCAGUGAGGAUGAGGAGCAUGAAGACCAGGAGGAGCCCUACAUGGACCCUGACGAAUCUGGCAGCGAUGAAGACUUCAUGGUGGAGGACGAUGAUGACAGUGACUACGGGCGCUCCAAGAAAAAGAGCAAGAAGGUGAUCCGACGGGGGCGACCAGACAAGAAAGAGAAGAAGAGCCCCAAACCCAGACUAAAGGCUACAGUCACCCCCAGUCCUACGAAGGGGAAGGGGAAGGGACGCCCCAGCACCAAGAGUGUGGAGAAGAGCUCACCCAAAGAGGAAGAGGAGGAGGAAGAGCCUGAGAGUCCUCUGGAGGAGGAAGAAGAGGAAGCAGAGAAAAAGGAGUCAUCCCCCGCCUCCAAGACAGCAAAGGAGUCAGCAGGAGGAGAGGAAGAGGAGGAAGAUGAAGAGGAGGAGAAUGGCUCAGAAGAGGAUGCUCCCUCUGGAGAAGACUAGAAGAUGGUACCCGUGUGAAGCCCCCCCCUCAAUGUGUUUGUUUUAUUUUAUCUGCAUUUAGUUUUUGCCCCCCUCCCUCGGCCUGGCUCAACAGGUUGGACUUUUUUCCUGCACCUCCACCCUGUCUUCUCUCUGGGUGUAGGUGAGCAUCCGUCCUUCAGAGCGGCGCUAAUGUUUACUUCCUGUCUCCAGUGACGAGUUCGCCGGUGUCCUGUAGGAGCGAGCAGCAGGGUUGGUGCUUUUAGCAGGGAGGCGCUUGUCUUGAACGCAGCCUCGUCCUUCCUCCCCGUCCCACACCAGCGCUGACCAACAUUUCUCUGAAGUUGCGAGUGCAGCUGCAGCUUUCUGGGCGCCCACCUCCUGUCUUCAUGUUUUUAUUUGUUUGCCUGUCAGCAGGUCUUUAAACCUUAAACGUGCUUCUGUUUUCUAUCAGCACCUCCCUGCAUGGCUGCAGCUCCCCAACCCUCAACCCCUUGAGCCAGGCACCACCAAAUCCCAUUGGUUUUUAAGAAAGGGGGUUGGAUUUUUGUUUCGAGAGCUGAAGAGAUGAAUGUUUUUCUUUCCCCUGUCGGUUCAUUGUUCUUGUUCUCGACUCGGAUUUUUUUGUAAUGUUUGUUUUUUAAGAAAAAUAAAUAAAAUGUAUCUUGGUUUUAAAGAAAUGAAGUCGAGCCAAUCCAGUCUGUUCCAGUCAGGCGAUGGUUGGACCGGCCAUCCUCCUGUAACCCCCCCCACCCCUCCGGCUCUGGCGUCACGUCAGUUUGGUUGUUUGAGACUUUCUGUUGUCCGCUCUAGUGUCUCGUGGGAUUGUGGAUGUAGACGGAGAUCAGACAGCUUGGUGUUCAUUAGUCUGUUAAUGCCUUAAUUUUAUUGACUUGAGUUCCUCUUGUGGCUGUGACCUCUGAAGGCCUGAGAAUGUAACACAUUCAGGCUGGAAGCAGGUCACCCGUUGGUCCAAAGCCAUACACCGCCUCGGAGAUCAGGUCAGCACUUGUCACAUUCUUUUCCCGGAUGAGUUUGAUGUCAAAACGUUGUGAAAAAGAAGCUCAAAUUGCAAUCUUGGGUGUGUUUAUGUGGAGUUGUCCAAGACUGCAAGAAGUUGUAGAUGAAAACAAGACCAGGACCAGGACCCCAGCGCAGAAGCACAUUGAUUGUUUUUCCUUGCAGGUUUUCAGGACUAGUGGAAUUGUGUGAGAGUAGCCGAUGGCUCUGGACCGUUGCAGGAUCAGACAGAAUCCUCCUCAUCCAUCCACAUCUGUCGCUUUUAUUUUUUUUUUACUCCGUCGGUUCUUCUGGCUGUGUUCUUGUAAUCCAGGCUGACUUCUGCAGAGAUCCAGUAGGGAAGCUUUUGUCAGCGAUGUGGAAAUUAAACAGAAUUCCUCAAAUUUUUUUGCAUGUUGUGGAAAAAUGACAAAGGUCUUAAGGAAAAAAGUAUUACUGAUCUUGAUGUUUUGGUUUCCCAGCUUCUAAUAAAGGCGACCUACUUUUUAUACAGA